CCCCUGGUCCAACUCCUAAAACCGUGCCGUCCUAUAGUAGAGUCUCAGACGGCUGCCGCGCUGCUAUUCUGUUCUUCUUCGCCUCUGACCUCAUUUAACUUUUUCGUCUUCCUCCAUCUUUGCUGCUGCCACCCACCCCACACUUCCAAUACAGCCAGCACUGUUCAACCUUGCCGCCAGCCCCAGAUAUAAUACAUCAUCGUCAUCAUGGGGACUACAACUGAAGCCUCUGCUGGAGGUGAGUCGAAGUCCCCCAAGCAAUCCAACAGCUCUCCUGCCCGGCCUGAAACCACGACCGACACGAAGGCAGCCGAUCCUCCCGUGAAAUUAGAGGUUGCCAAUGCCGAACAAGCCAAACCUCUUGCCCCUCCUCCUCGACCUGGUCAACAACAAGGCAACACCCCUGACUACUUCGCGGUUCAGGCCGGCGGAUCUCUCAGUCUGGAGCCCAAUCCAUUCGAGCAGUCCUUUGGGGGCGCUCCAGAGACACCAGGGGGAACAAAGUUACCUUCAGUUGCUGCAUUGACAUCACCGUCCUCUCUUCUGCCUGGUAGCAACGCGACACCAUUCAAUUGGGGAGGAGGCUCUUUACGUACCGGCCCUUUGAGUCCGGCAAUGCUUUCUGGUCCGGCUAAUGAUUAUUUUGGCGAUACACAUCAUCUUCGUGGCGGAUUUCCUACUCCUAACGAAUCCUCCCUGAGGACGGGUUUGACACCAGGUGGCAGUGGUUCUAUGUUCCCUGCCCCCAGUCCUAACUCCCAAGCACUCUUCGCUCAGCUUGCUAGCGGCGGAGCAACACCGAGCACUCUCGAUUUCCAUCGCACUGCGAUGAGUGCUGCGGCCAAACGUGAUCAAAACGGCGCUGCUCCACGUCAAGCCCAGCAAACUUCCCAAGCACAGCAACCCCAACAGCCUUCUGUCACUUCCCAACCCCAAGAAAUGCCCAACGGUGCUUCAACCAAUAAGUCCGAAGCGAAGCCCGCAUCUGGGCCCUUCGACCCUCACGAUAACGACGCUGCAAACGGCCUUUUUAUGCUGGCCCAGGGUCGAAACGGAGCUCAAAACGCGAACCAAUUCGCUGUGACGUCAGGUGCACCUGGUCACGCUCAUCCUGCCCCUGUCGCGCCUCAGAAUAUGAAUACUUCACCUCAAAUGUCCAGUAUUAACGGCGGCUCUAUUGGCUCAGCUCGUGGCAUGAGCGAAGGAAGCAUGAUGUCGGAUGAGAGUGAACAGGCACGACCUAAUACCCGCGGCCGGGGCAAAAAGAACCCCCCCGCAACGAACGGCCGUAGGAAGGCGGAUGAGCCUCCCGCAAAGGCUCCUGCUAAUAAAAAGUCCAAGGCCAACAAUUCCAUGCCUAUGGAUAUGGAUAUGUCUGAUGACGAAUCCAAGAUGAAGUAUGAAGAUGGUGGUUCCAAGUCUAAGAUGACUGACGAGGAGAAACGCAAGAACUUCCUUGAACGCAACCGUGUCGCUGCUCUUAAAUGCCGCCAGAGAAAGAAGCAAUGGUUGGCCAACUUACAGACCAAGGUCGAAAUGUUCAGUACUGAGAACGACGCCUUGACGGCGCAGAUAACACAACUCAGAGAAGAAGUCGUCAAUUUGAAGACGCUUCUUCUUGCCCACAAGGACUGCCCAGUUACUCAGCAGCAGGGAAUACACGGUGCUUUUUUGUCCCAGGUUGUUGAGCCUUUCAACCCUCAGAUUAACCCUUAUGGCAUGGCAGCACCUAUGCCAAACCAGCAAGUUAUGGCAGGCCAGGGUGUCCAGCGGCGUUUCUCAUAGAACGAGUUACAGCCCCAGUUAGGAGAGUUUGUCAAGGUUGAGCAACUUAACCACGCUUCUCCAUUGAACCACAUAAUGCAUGGACUUGACGACCCUUUCUUUCCUCAAUCACGACACCAUUCGACCUCACCGAGGUAAUUAUUUAUUAUAUGCGUAUACAAGGUUUAGGUUUAUUCCACCGGAAGCCUAUCGGCUCACAACUUCAUUUCACAUUUGAGCUGUACAACAUUUGAUCGGAGGCAACAUAGCAUUCAGACGGAGGCGAUGUCU